UUUAAACGUCAUUGAAUAUCAAUACACGUGCGAUUUUACAACUGUUCGUAGUGUUGUGAUAAAAAUGUCAAGUGACGAGGAAAUGGAUAUGUCUGAAGGUCCGAUGGAAACCAUGGACGAGGAGGAAGCAGAGGACACCGGAGAUGGAAAACAAGAGGUUUAUUUACCCGGUAAACCUCUGGACGAGGGCGAGGAACUCGUAUGCGAUCAGUCGGCUUAUGUGAUGUACCAUCAGGCACAAACCAGCGCACCUUGCUUAAGUUUCGAUAUUAUAAGGGACAAUUUGGGCGAGAACAGGGACAAAUAUCCGUUGAGUGCCUUUAUAGUUGCCGGAACUCAGGCGCCGCAGACGCAUGUUAACAAUGUUAUUGUUAUGAGGCUGUCCAAUUUAACUAAGACUGGCGAAGGUGGUGAUGAUGAUGAAGAUGAAGAUGAUGAUGACGAUUCAGAUGAGGAGGAUGAGAAUGAUAGUAAAGGGCCUAAAAUGGCUGGUGCAUUGAUUAAACAUCAAGGAUGUGUGAACAGAAUUAGGAGUACAAUAAUUAAUGAGCAUCAUAUAGCAGCCUCUUGGAGUGAAUUAGGGAGAGUAAAUUUGUGGAAUUUAACAGAACAAUUGCAAGCAGUUGACAAUGAACAGUUAUUGAACAAAUACACUAAAGAAAACAGAUCAAAUUCUAUAACACCACUGUUCACAUUCUCUGGACACCAAAAAGAAGGUUUUGCCAUUGACUGGAGUCCCACAAUGAAAGGGGUUUUGGCAACAGGUGACUGCAAAAGAGAUAUACAUAUAUGGAAACCAGGUGACAAAUUAUCAGAGUGGGUGGUUGAUCAACGACCAUUGGUGGGCCAUACUGAUUCAGUUGAGGAUUUGCAGUGGUCACCAAAUGAACCCAGUGUUUUAGCUUCAUGUUCAGUUGAUAAAAGUAUCAGAAUAUGGGACACAAGAGCUUCACCUAGUAAAGCUUGUAUGUUAACUGCUGACAAUGCUCAUAAUAGUGAUGUUAAUGUUAUUAGUUGGAAUAGGAAUGAACCAUUCAUUCUUAGUGGUGGAGAUGAUGGAGUAUUAAACGUAUGGGAUUUGCGCAAAUUCCAAAGCAAAACUCCUUUAGCAACAUUCAAACACCAUACAGAACCAGUGACCACAGUUGAAUGGCAUCCAAGCGACUCGGCUGUUUUUGCAUCCGGCGGUGCUGAUAAUCAAAUAGCACUCUGGGACUUGUCAGUUGAAAAGGACACAGAAACUCAGGAAGAGGAUGUAGAAGAUGUGCCGCCGCAACUUCUUUUCAUUCAUCAAGGACAAAAGGACAUUAAAGAACUACACUGGCAUCCACAAUUGCCUGGAGUUAUAAUCAGCACUGCAGAAUCUGGGUUUAACAUAUUCAGAACGAUAAGCGUUUAAUUGUUUAUUAUAAAAUUAAAACCACAUUUUGUUAUUAAAUUUGUAUAAGAUUUAAAUUGAUCAGGUGUCUCAUUGUUGGUCUUCCAUGAGGGCAAUUCUAAAACAUUAUAUAAUGAAAUUAUUAUAUCAAAAAAUAAACAAUUUUUUACCCAG